AUGGAUGUGUCUGUAGAGCCCAAAGUACCAAAGAAAAGUCCCACAGAGCCACCAGAGGAAGAGGUUGAAGGUGAAGAAUACCCUGAAGGAACAUUCUACCAUCAGGCAGUGGGGAAAGUAUUGGAAGGUAUUCUAAGAGAUAGUAUUCAGAAGUUCCUUGAAAGCAAUAAGGUCAUAAAAAGGAAUCAACAUGGGUUUAUGAAGGACAGAUCCUGUCAAACCAACUUACUUGGCUUUUAUGAAACAGUAAACGCUACUCUCGCUACUGAAUUCAUUCUCAUGGGAUUUGAGAAGUUACACAAACUACAAGUUUUAAUUUUCCUUCUAGUUCUUAUGAUUUACUGCAUGACGAUAUGCGGGAACCUCAUGAUCAUCACAUUGGUGUGUUACAGCAAGAAUCUCCAGUCCCCCAUGUACUUCUUUCUCACACAGCUGUCCCUUUCUGACAUCUUACUGACAACAGACAUAGUGCCUAAGAUGCUUGAAGUUGUUCUAAAUGGGGUGAGUGCUAUAUCUUUCAUAGGGUGUAUUACUCAAUUUUUUUUCUUCUCAUUUUCAGAAUGUUUACAGUGUUUUAUGCUGACAGUGAUGUCUUAUGACAGAUACUUGGCAAUCUGUAACCCUUUGUGCUACGUUUCUAUAAUGAACCAUAAUUUAUGCCUGAAAAUGGUCAUUAUGUCUUGGUUAUUAAGCUUUUCUGUAGCACUGAUGAAUACAGUAUCUGUUAGUUCAUUGCAAUUUUGUGGGUCUAAUAUCAUUGACCAUUUUUUCUGUGAUUAUUCUCCUCUGUUAAAACUGUCUUGUUCAGAUACAUAUAUUGUUGAAUUAGAUGGUAUGAUUUCUAGUUAUCCUGUAAUUGUCUUCCCAUUUGUAAUCAUCAUCAUAUCCUAUAUUAACAUUAUUUGGAUUAUAAUAAGGAUUCCUUCAGCUUCUGGAAGACAGAAAACCUUCUCUACCUGUAGCUCCCACCUGACCGCGGUGUCCUCUUUUUAUACAACACUAAUAUCUAUGUAUGUUCUUCCAGCCAGGGAACAAUCAAUGUCCAUGAGUAAAGUUAGAUCAUUACUUUACACAGUAGUAACACCAUUAUUGAAUCCCAUCAUAUAUAGUUUGAGAAAUAAAGAUAUAAAGAAUGCUUUCAAUAAGGCCAUUAAUUAUUUCACAAAAUAG